CUGUGACGUGGGUCUGAGAAAUAUGGGGUUUAGUGGGGAAGGUGUCAUAAGUGGUAGUGUACUGGUAGUCAAAACCCAUCGCAUCAGAAACACAUGGAUGGACAAGAGCAAUCCUCGGACCACUUACACAAAUCAGGGCAGCUUUGGGGCUGCAAUUCUACUCCUGCGGAAUCCUUACCAUGCCAUGCUUGCUGAGUGGAACCGAAAAAGGAGCACGACCAUUCUACGAAAUAGGAAG